AUGGCGACCCAUUUAUCGACUGCUCCGACACCACCUAUCAACGGCGACGCGCGGGGACCUUUGAGCCACUCGACACCCGGAACCAUGCCAGCACCGGCAUCCGGGGUGAAUCGCAAGAAGCAAAAACGUCGACAGAAGCAAGCUGCUCGCCUGGCAGCCGAGCCAGCCCACUCUCAUGCCUCCGGCGACCUCGUCGACCCGGCUGACGAUCGACACUCCUACGAUGAGAAUGCCGACCUCGACAGUGUAGAUGAACAUCUCUCUGGCGAUGGCCACUUCUAUAGGAACGGAGAGUCAGGUUCACAGCACGAUCUCGUUUCGCCAGACGAGCCCGACGAUCAUCUCCACUUAAUGGGUGAGAGAUCAAAGAAGAAGAAAAGCAAGAAAGGCCGCUCUGGAUCGCACAACCUCGCCGAUGGCAGCUCAACUCCCCUCUCUACUCCCUCCGCCACCUUCUCCCACCCUCCGCCGUCACACUCUUUGCCUUAUCCCACCAGAUUUCCUGCCCGAUCCGCCAAGGAAAGCAGCAUCUGGAAUCAGUCGUCACUGGAAGAACGCGAGAACAUCCGAACAUUCUGGUUUGAGCUUGGUGAAGAGGAACGUCGCCAGCUUGUCAAAGUCGAGAAAGAUGCCGUGUUGAAGAAGAUGAAAGAACAGCAGAAACACUCAUGCAGUUGUACUGUCUGUGGCCGGAAGCGCACCGCGAUUGAAGAAGAGCUGGAGGUACUGUACGACGCUUACUACGAAGAACUUGAACAAUACGCCAACAACAAUCAAGGCUCCUUUGAGGAAGGAGCUCCAAUUAUCCCCCCGCCUCGCUUGUACCAACCUCCGCUUCGAUCACCCGGUCAGCAUACUCGGACUCAUGGUCAAUUUCACCCGUCACGGGGCCGAGUUCAAGAGUUACCUGAGGAUGACGAGGACCUUGAAGAUGAAUACGACGAGGAAGAGGAAGAGGACGAGGAGGACGAUGAGCUGUACAGUGAGGAUGAGUUCGAGGACGAGGAAGCCCGUGCUGCUCGUGCCGACUUCUUCGCAUUCGGGAACAGUCUCACUGUAAAAGAUGGUAUCCUGACCGUGGCAGAUGAUCUUCUCAAAAAUGAUGGCAAGCACUUUAUCGACAUGAUGGAGCAACUAGCCGAGCGACGAAUGCAACGGGAAGAAGAUACUCAAUACAACAUAGCUGCCGCUCACCAAUCCUUCCAUGCCGGUCACAACCAUGGUCCUCUCGACGACGAAGACUACGACGACGAAGAGGACGAGGACUACGACAGCCAAGAAGAGGAAGAGUUCGAUGAAGAUGAAAUGGAUGCUAUGACCGAAGAACAGCGCAUGCAGGAAGGGCGACGAAUGUUCCAAAUAUUUGCGGCCCGAAUGUUCGAACAACGAGUCAUGACAGCAUAUCGAGAGAAAGUCGCCGAGCAGCGCCAGAAGCAACUCAUAGAGGAACUCUUGGAAGAGGAGAACCGAAAUGAGCAGCGGAAUGCCAAGAAGGCCCGCGAGGCGCAGAAGAAGAAGGACAAAAAGCGUUUGCAGAAGCAGGCAAAGGAAGAGGAGAAGGCUCGUCGAGAUGCCGAGAAAGCGGCCGAGGAGGCUGCCAUCAAGGCUGCACAGGACAAGAAACUUGAGGAGCAGCGAGUGAAACGUGAAGAACAGCGGAAGAAGCGUGAGGCUGAACGCAAGGCCCAAGAGGAAGAACGUGCACGCAAGGACGCCGAGAAGCAGCGGCGUCUUAAGGAAGACCGAGAACGCCAAGCCGAAGCUGAACGCAAGCAACGCGAGCAAAAGGAGGAGAAGAAGAAACGUGAGGAAGCGAUGCGCAAGGAGAAGGCGGAGCGCGAGAGGAAGAUCAAGGAGGAGCAAGAGCGCAAGAUGCGCGAGGAGCAGGCGAAGAAGGAUCGAGAGACCGCCCGAGCGGAACAGGAUAGGGAACGUGCUAGGAGACCAGCAAACCCCUUAUAUCCUGCUUCCAUCCCUAUUGCUCCGAGUCUUCCAUCGCAUCCGUUUACCGGCUCGCUCCAAUCGCCGCUUUAUGCUACGGCUACACCCGUUGCUGCUAAAGUGUCGACCCCAGUGAGGCCGCGCCAGCCAUCCCAGCAGGGAUCGCACACAUCCUCUCCUCAUUCGCAGCCUGGAUCCUCGGAUUUCCCUCUGCAGCCGUCAAUCUCACCGCGCUCUUUGGCGCAACCACACGGCAGACAAGGGUCGCUGCAGCAACCUCAUUUACACCAUCCUCAACCCUCUGCUCCCCUUUCGCCUUUAGGUCGAACUGGCCCGCCUGGAUUUCCGGGAUUGGGCGGUUUGCCUUCCAAUCCUCCAGGUCUACCGUCAAUGGGUGGCCGGCCUCUCCAAUCUGACUUGCAAAUGUACUCCCCUAACUCGGGCAUGAUGAAUCACCUGCGCGGUUUCACCGGGCCAGGAGGAAUUCCUGCACCGCCGGGGAUCGGGGGAGUGCGCCCAAUGCCACAGGGUCGGGGGUUCCCGACAGAGCCUGGACAUGGCUUCCCCUUCCCCGGACCCCAUGGGGUACCCGGUGCAUUCCCUAUGCAAGCUGGUCUGUCAAAAUCUCAUUCACGGCAGCCAUCUAGUUCGUUUGAACGCUCUCCAUUGGAGUCGGGUUCUGCGGGUUCUCAACCUUUCCCGAUCACACGACUCAGCCCCAUCAAGCGCCCCUCAAGCACUGCUCAAGAUCAGCAGGAAGGUGGCCAUGCUCCAUAUCAGCGGGAGGUGGAUCAGUUGAGUACUCAGCUGGGUAGCAGUGCGCUCCUCGAUGAUACCGAUGAUCCAUACUCAUCGAAGCUGUCCCAGUCAUUGCCCGGUGCCACGGCUCCUGGACAGUUCCCCACGCCAUCAAGAGCUAGUUUCCAGGGAUCGUCACUUUUCGCAGACCCUCUCGGAUCCAAACAUGCUAAUUUCCCUGCAGUCGGCCCUGGCUGGGGUGCUGCACCCUUUGGGAGCGCCGGCUUCCCCGGUGCAUCUACCUGGGGUCCAACGCCUGCCGGAAGUGGCUGGUCUCACAACGCCUUCGCAUCCGGUGGUCAUCACCGCACUCAUACAUCGCGGCCCGUGACCAUCCGUCUCUUGGUAAUCCAAGCGUGCAAGCACUUGAACACGCUGAGCCCUCAUCCCGGCUCUGGAGGUUACCACAACGUGAAUCUAGUGCUGGGCCAGGUUGAGCAGCUGCGGCCGUCGAGUGAGCCCGCAAUCUCAUUGGAUGAAAUGCUCGAUAUCUGUGACACAGAGGGAAGCCCCCAGAACGGCGGCGGGUCCUUUUCCACCAAGGAAGAUGAGAAUGGCCGGUACGUCAAGUUCGAGCCAGACACCAACAGCGCCGUGUCUGGCCACCGGGGCAGCCUUGUGCCCGGCGAUAUCGGCAGCCCCAUCCCUGGGAAUAGCAACCCGACCGCCUUUGGUGGCUUCGGUACUCCCUCCGUCCUGCGGCAGUAUACCUCGCCUCCGGCUGGACUGUUCGGCGGGACCUCCUAG